CGUGCUUUUGCUUCGUCGAUAUUGCAAUUUGUAAAUACGUAAACAAACAAAUUAAACAACAAUAAUAAGCGAUAGAUGAUUGUACAAUCACGCAAAUAUGUAGUGUAGUAGAAUCUAUUUUAUCUCACAAUGUAUUAUAUUUCCGAGAUUUAAAAAAUGGAUGACGACGACCCGAGGCGCCCGCUUUUGGGUUGUCCGCCUAGAAGCAAAUGGCGCGACAUAGGGAGCAAGCUGUGCAACGUGCAGUCGUGGCGGAGACGCGUGCCCAUCACCAUCUGGCUGGCCAGCUACAGCGCUGACUCUCUUCUGCGAGACGUCAUUGCAGGUGUGACGGUGGGCCUUACGUCCAUCCCGCAGGGCAUUGCGUACGCGAUGGUGGCAGGUCUCCCGCCGCAGGUGGGCUUGUACUCCAGCAUAUUCCCGGGGCUGGUGUAUGCCGUGUUCGGCAGCUGCAAGGACGUGACGGUGGGCCCCACCGCCAUCCUCGCCGCGCUGCUGGCCAAGUACGUGGCGCGCUCGCCCGACUUCGCCUACCUGGCCGCCUUCCUCUCCGGCUGCCUCAUACUGCUGCUGGGAGUGCUACAACUAGGUUUCCUGCUGGACUUCAUCUCGAAGCCGGUGAUCAGCGGCUUCACGACGGCGGCCGCGCUGCAGAUCUCCGCCUCGCAGCUCAAGUCGCUCUUCAGGAUAGAAGGCUCGUCGGGCGGCACGUUCGUGAAGGCGCUGGGCAACUUCUUCAAGCACAUCAGGACGCUGCACCCGUGGGACACGGCGCUGGGCGUUUGCUGCAUCGUUGCACUUCUUGUACUCAAACGUACAAUGUUGAAAGCGUCGCCAACGCGCAGCACAUGGCGCGCCGCAGUCGCCGCGGGCUGGCUGUACGUGGUGCGCGCGCGCAACGCGCUGGUCGUGCUGGUGGCGUCGCUGCUGGCCUACGCGCUGUUCAAGCACAACAUCACACCCUUCGCGCUCACUGGUAAAAUCGACGGAGGUCUGCCGCGCUUCGGGCCGCCGCCCUUCAGCACGGUGGUCAAGAACGAGACGCUGGGCUUUCAGCAGAUGUUGGCAGUGUUCGGGCCGGAGGGACUCGCCAUGCCGCUGGUCGCCGUGCUGGAGAGCAUCGCCAUCGCCAAGGCUUUCGCGGGCAGCAAGCCAGUGGACGCGACGCAGGAGAUGGUGGCGCUGGGCGCCUGCAACCUGCUGGCGUCCUUCGCGCAGAGCAUGCCGGCCACCGGCUCCUUCACGCGCACGGCGCUCAACCACGCCAGCGGCGUCGUCACGCCCGCCGGCUCGUUGUUCAAAGCGAGCCUGGUGCUGCUGUCGGUGACGCUGCUGGCGGACGCGUUCUACUUCAUCCCGCGCGCCACGCUCGCCGCCGUCAUUAUGGUGGCCAUGAUGUCCAUCGUCGACUUCUGCAUCGUCAGGAAGCUGUGGCUCAGCAGCAAGUGGGAGCUGGCGACGUGGCUGCUGACGGUAGUUGUGGGCGCGUGGGCGGGGCUGGAGUACGGCAUCGCGGCGGGCGCGGCGGCGGACGCGCUGCGGGCGCUCGCUGCGGCCGCGCGCCCGCACCUGCACACCGUACAGUUCAAGGUCGGUAACCAGGAGUGCAUCUUGCUAACUCUGGCGGGCACGCUGGGCUACGCGAGCGCGGAGCACGUGCCACGCAAGAUCCGUGCUCUGCAGAGCAGCGGCGCGCACGUGCUCGUCAUAGACGGCAGUCGCCUGCGACGGGUGGACAUCGGGGUGGUGGAGAACGUAAUAUCAGCAAUCCUGGAGCUGCAGAAGAAGGAGCAGCGUGUCCUGCUGUGGAACUUCUCGGAGCAGCAUCGGCGCGUGUUCGCGAGCUUGCAGCCGGCGCUCGACUGCUUCGUGAGCGGGCCCAGCGUCGACCCCUUCGUGUUAGGCUUAGACGUUGACAGAAGGUUUCCAUCGUUAAGCACAGUGACGUAACUAUUGGUAUAAUUAGGUUUAAGUUAAAUAAUCAUACUUAUAGCUUGGCAACUUCGUUCAUAACACUCCGGAUAUUGCGCGCGGUGCGGGGCGUGUAGCGAUGAAUGAAAAACCCACGACUGAUGCGCGUCACAAUGAUGCAAUAUUUCACACCCGCGCAGUCUUUCCGCCCGUCGCCCGCAUAUCAUGGGAGUGUUAUUAGUGUACUUGCCGGACUAUAGUCUUCUUACUUUUUGGAGUUAAAGGUAAUAUAGUAAGGCGGACAACAAGCGUAAACAAAACAUUUUAUUAGACUGUUAUCUGUCUGUGAGGGGUCGCUAAGCAACGGUCGUUAAUAAACGGGUUUCUAUGUCUAUAAUGCGCGUCAUUACAUCUGACAGUAAAUCUUCGCCCGGAAAUAGAAGAAUUAUACAUCAUUCCUUAGGUAUUUUAACAGAACUAGUAAGUCAGGGAUAUUUUAUAGAUUUUGUGUAUAUAAUAUCGAAUAGUUAUGUCUGUAAAAGGCUCUAUUUUCCUAAAUGUAUAUUUAAAUAUUUAAUUAUAGAUUGUAAUAAAAGCCAAGUGAGACCGUUUUAUCUGUACCUUUGUAUAAAUUUUCAUUUCUUAAGAUCAUGUAUAAAUGACGUCUAGUAGAACUUUGAGUGUUUUACUGUACAUAUUUAUUAAUAAAUAAAUAUGUGUACUAGAACACGUAUAUACAAUAGUUGUAGGUACGUAUAUAGUACCAAAGUUACUGUUAUUUAAAUCUCAUUAUUAUUGUUAAAAUUCUUAGAACUUAUGAAGUGUUAAAUUCCAACAAGAUGUAGUUUUAUUAAAUACAGAUCAUCUAACUUUAAAACAAUUUCUCUCAACUAUGGUUAUGUCCACAUUUUAUUUCUUAUCUCACAUAUCAACUCGAAAAAGGAUCACCGCACCAACCGCACCAUCAUCAACCAGGCGUCAAUUCGGCAACGGUUAGGUAACGCCGCGGUUACGGCUCGAUAACCGCAGGUUAACGGCGAGACGAGGGCGUGAGAGGGACCAGCAUGUAUGUACGAAGGGACGUGCUUGACACGAGAUAUUGUGUUUAUGAAGUUAGCAACAAAUGACUGCGCAAUGAAUUAAUAACGGUACAAACGGCGCGGGCGGGGAGUGUUCGCGUCGGUACGAACCGUCUAGACGCGACCGCGCGUCUAUACUCAUUCCGCAGCUAACUUCACAAACAUAAAGAUCAGUGGAGAGCAUUAUAAGUGCGAGGAUCGCGAGUAUAUGACGGGACGUGUUCGACAGUGAUUAUACCAUCAUUUUGUGAUAGAGGAAACACCUCGAGCAGGUCCCAGGACUUGUGAUCUUGGGUGAAGAUUUAAGGGAUCUUUUUGAAUUCAUAAACACUCACCUCCCCUGCCCGAUAUGUUCUCCAUGCCCACACUAAACAAUUUAUGAUCAAUACUUACAACAUAAAACAUUCUUAAUUACAAAACAUUAUUGCAUAAAAUCACUAACGCGACUAGCAGCGUGACGUUGUCCACGCUGCCUAACAAACAACUGAAUUCAAGUCAUCCAAUACCCUUUUAUUUUUACCAUCACUGUUGCAACAACUUCGUACAAACCUUUUUAUAAUAAUAUAAAUAAUGAAUGUUAAUACCGCCCGUACUCGAAGAACUCGUAACACGUAUAGGCUUGUUCCGAAGCAAGAGGAUUCUGAUUAGUGUGUGUUGCAGUAAGGAGUUUCAGACAAAGAAUAUUGUACGGCUUCAAUUGAUACGGUGCCGAUCCUUUUCCGAAGAUGAUAUGUGUGCUAGGACCCUAAUUUUGACGAGGGUUCAUAAUAUUGUUGAUAAUAUAGAUAGAUAGUAGAUCCACUGCUGAUUAGUGACGUAGUAUCGAAUAUUUCAUGUUAAAUUCCUGUUUCUUAAAAAAUUGUUAUGGACUGAAAGUUUAGUUUUAGAUUAGAGGAAUUUUAGUGUUAUCAUGUAAUUUUUAAUGCAACACAAAAAGACGUAAAAGAAAAUGUUAUCAUUAUUUUGAAAAUGCUGACGAUGCAAUGUUUACUGACAAUCAAUGUAGCAAACAGAGCAGAUACUAUAUUUACCGUUUUGUAAAUACUAUUAAGAACGAAUAUACAACACUUUAGCUAAAUUUUGAAUACCAAUGAUAUUUUAAGCAAUACGA